GACAUCAUAUCCACGGUUGAGUUCAACCCAACUGGAGAGCUGCUGGCGACGGGGGACAAGGGAGGGAGAGUAGUGGUGUUCCAGAGAGAACAGGAGGUAAGACUGGCCCAGACACCCCUACUUACCAUGUCUCUUAUGUUUCUCAUGUCUCUCACAUCCUGGCACUCAAAUGUUUUACUAUGGCACUAACCAUUCGACAUCUAGCUCAUGAACCUGCAUCUAAUGAACCCAUAUUGAACCUUGAAUGAAAUAACAUCACAUCGGCACAUUCAUUACCAUUCAUAGAUGUUGGUUGGAUCUGGAAGAAAGAUUGCCAGCGUGUUCCAGUAAAGGAUCGCACAAGUCGCACCGAAUGUUGAUCUAGCGUAGACGUCUGACUGCCUUCACCCGGUUCUACAUGUUCAGAGAUGCUAAGUACUCUCAGCCAGCAAACGUUAUUGCUGUGUCUGAGACCUUACAUUCCCUGGGUUACUGUGUAGUAGUAGUAGUAGUACUAGUAGUAGUAGUAGCAGUAGCAGUAGUACUAAUACUAGUAGUAGUAGAAGUGUUAAGGGUCUGUGGAUGUUUAUUCAGUGGUUGUAGGAGGUAUUAUGGAAAGAUUAUGGGCCACUCGGGGAGGCCUAGAGUCUCCUUUGGAAGCUGGAUGAAAGGACUAGACAGCGUCUGAACCUUCUGUCUGGCUGUGAGAAAAUAUGAACGUCAGGGACUGCAUGAGUCCCCCCCCCCACCUCCUUUCCCCUCGUCUUUUCACCUUCCAGCUGAUUUCAAGGCGCUCCAUAGUAUCUGCUAAUCCCCACGCCAGAGGCGCUCCCCCACCCCCUCGCUUCCCCCCGACUUCACCCCCCGCAGAGGGCAAAUCUGUUUCCAUUAAUACCCUCCCCUCUUGUUUGGUCAUCUGAUUUGGCGCUAUUGAUUCUGAAGCUUCCUGAGGUGAUACCUGACCUGCCAUGUUGAGCUGAGGCUGCUGGGCUAGGCUGUUAUUGAGCUAUCUCGCCGGCCCUUACUACAGAUCCUGACAGCCUUACAAUAGGUUUAACCCACUUUUGCCUGAUUUCUCCGAUUUCUACUCAACAAAAAUACCUUAUGGAGGCACAAUGACUGUACUAUGUCAGCAGUUAUGUCAACCCGUAAAAUGCCGGAGAGGGAUUUUGGUGACUGCUCCACAUACUACAGUCCCCAUGCUUUGUUUGUUCCUGGGUAGUGUGCGCAUGUAUGCUUGAUAUAGAAAGCAGAAACCAGGCCAUCGACACAUCUACUGCUGUGAAAAUCUUGGUUUGCUGUUUCCUACAUUUUGUCUAUUCAAUGGAAUAGGAAGAUCCCCACUCUCAAAUUGUGCUCAAUGUACACUACUCCUCUGUAUCCUAAUGCCGCAAUAUCGUUAUCUUCAUUUAAUUGUCAAACUUCAAACACUGGUCUUUUUUUUGUAUGUCUGAAUAGCUGAAUAAUCCCAGAACAUCUGCCUAUUCUUCCACAAACUCAAACAUUGUCCUUGUUGUUUCAGAGUAAGAACCAGCCCCACAGGAGAGGGGAGUACAAUGUCUACAGCACCUUCCAGAGCCACGAGCCUGAGUUUGACUACCUGAAGAGCCUGGAGAUCGAGGAGAAGAUCAACAAGAUCCGCUGGCUGCCUCAGCAGAACGCUGCCUACUUCCUCCUCUCCACCAAUGGUAAGCAACUUCCUCCUCUCCACCAAUGGUAAGCCACACAGCUAGUUUUAGUGAAAUCACCAUAAUUUAAUGCUCUCUUGUUGAUGUUAGUGUUAGGUAAUGGUUCCAUUACCUCCAUUACGUAAUCUGUUGCAUUAUACAGCCUAUUGAUUUUAGCCAAGCAGCUGUUUCAUGGAAAAAUAUUUAUGUUAAGUGCCACCAGAGGCAGGAAGUGGCUCUUCUCAAGUUACAUAUUCACAUAUUCAUCACUCACUCCACUGACCUUUACAAUACUGCAGUACCCUUCCUUUCACCUUUCACUAAAUGUAUUCGAUGGGGAACUUGCAUCAGCAGACAGACUCCUAUGAGAGCAGAGUGCUAUCUUUGGACACAUCAGUGGAACAAGCUGGGCUGGCAACAGGAGGCUUUAAUCAGGUUAAUUGGAGGCUAUUGAUCUCAGCUGAUAUAUCUCCUAUCUAUUUAUGUCAUGCCAACCCUCCGCAGUGGCCAGCUUCCAAUACUGUAUCAGUACAGCAGAUUGAGUCGCACACUACAGAGUCGGCCUCCUCCCCUCCUUAGUGCAGCUAGCUAUCUCCCCAAGCCAGAUCAGCACAGUACACCUUUUUAGUUUAGCCCUAGCCUGUUGUUACUCAUCCCUUUCUCCCCUCCUCCUCCUCCUCCUCCUCCUCCCUGCAGAUAAAACAGUGAAGCUGUGGAAGAUCAGUGAGCGGGACAAGAGACCGGAGGGCUACAACCUAAAGGAAGAGGAUGGGAGGAUCCGAGACCCCACCACCAUCACCGCCCUGCGGGUAAGAUGCCAACCCAUACCCCACCACGGUGUCACCACAGCCUCCGGGCAUCUCUGUGCCCACCCGUCCAGUGCUGCAUACAGAGGUUGAACGCUGAUGUCAUCCUUCCUCCAGCAACCUGUGCCAUUAUCUCUCCCUAUGGCAGUCUAAGCCUCUAUCUCUCACCCAAUGCCACCGAGGGAUUAAAGAAACUGGCCUGGUUUCAUAUCUUGCCAAAUGCACAUGUCUGUCAGUGUGGGGGUGUGGAGGGGUGUUUCCGGCUCUUAGAGGGGGGUAGGGGUGGGGUAAGGUGGGGGGAACCAAGCGCCCAUGCUGCUGACUGACCACACAUUAGCCAGGUCUAGUAGCAGCCCAUCUGUCUACACCAUCCUGUACCCAGGGGUCAGCAUGGGGUCAAAUAUCACCUCCAUCUCCAUGGAUACACAGACAGCAGGAUGGAACAUCCGCUCUAAUGGUAGCUUUCAGAUGAUAAGACCAUGAUAGUAGAUUAUAGCUGGUACAAACAGAGGUCUUAUGAUGGGUAGAAGUUUGUUGUCUGUUCUUUAUAAACAUAAAAUAGCUAUUUUCAUCAUCAAUGUGGUACAUGAUAGAAAACCCCAGAACAACCAUUGGAAUUGGAUCCUCUCUUUCUCUCCACCACUCUCAUAAAAAAAAAAAAAUUCCUUCAAGAGCUCAGACUCUGCGCUCCUCAGUAUAUAUUAUAUUGAUUUAGGAGAGAAGAAACUGUAUCAAUAUUUAGACCUCUGGCUCGUACCAAUCAUCCCUCUCUCAUGCUCUCAUUUUCCACUCUGGGCCCAAAUUGACCCUUACGCAACGCAGCUUUUGGAAAUCAAUAGAAAUCACAUUACGGUUGAGAGAUGGAAUUGUGAAACAUCAUGGAAUGGGAAGAAGUUAGUGGGAGAGUGGGAGGGAGCGACAGUGUUCCAGGUAUUGCUUGACUUGGGCAGGAGCUCACCGGAGCUGAGUACAGGCACCUCAAAUGUUCUACUGCUUGAGCUCCUGUUCCUCUUAUAGAAUAUUAGCUCAAAAGUAUUGUGGAGCUUCUGCACCUAAAUGUAAACAGUACCGGCACCCAAAAUGAGUACUGGCACCUAUUUCAUUCCAAGUCAAGCACUGGUUCCAGGACUGGCACAGACUAUCCAUUAUAUUGACCAGAUACUCUAGUGGCCACUCUAACAAUGAAAAUAUGUAGUGGCACCAGAACAGGAUCAAUGUUAUUGAAAAUGUCCACUGCUCACUAGCAUGCAUACCACUGUGCAUGCUAUGCUUAUGGUGAGAUGGUACACUUAAGGAGGAUUUACUAUCAAUUUGGGUUGAGGGUGGAUUUGCCGUGCCUCUCCUAUCCUAUCUGAACAUAUCACCCGCUUGACUUGAUUCAUGUCCAGGUUUUUCUAUUGAGUAAUAACUGUGGAUCGAAGCAGCUCCUCCCAGCGCUGCCUCAUCUGAGAAACAGACGUUGAUGUAUGAGUUAAUGACCUCAGCAGUCUCUGCAGCAUGCCUCUCCUCCACCUCUCGCUGUGUGAUCGUGUGACCGUGCCGUGGUGGUGAGAGACACUCAUCAUGCUAGCAGACUCAUAUCUGAUAAUCAUUGGCUGUGCUGUGCUGAGCUGCGCUGUGUCUGUGUGGCGUUGACAGGUUUGUGUUCACUGUCAGACAGAUACCCAAUAAUGGUCAGCCAAGCAGGCGCCCAAGAGUGAAUGCACAUUAGUGAGCAUGUCCCACUCCUCCUCUCUGUCACUAGUUAUCACUAUCACUCAUUGCUCCUCUCUUCCUCUCUCUCUCUCUCUUUCUCUCUCGCUCUCUCUCUAUCUCUCUGUUAAAUUGUCUCUACUCUGUCUCCGUCCAGUAUUCUCCAUAUUCCCUUUUCCCUCUUCUUCUCUCUCUCCCUCUAAACCUAUCUUUACCUUUCUUGUCUCCCGUGCCGAGCCCAUAGACCAGUGGCAGUACAGAUUAUGGUAUGGGACAAUAUACAAACGAUUUUCAGAAAGAUCAUUUAAAAAAAAGAAGGUUUUAUUGAGCAAAUGUUUAUUUUUCAUGCAAUGAAUUUAAGGUUAUUUGUUGAUUUAAAAAUCCAAAUGUACCGAUUUUAAAGUUGUCAUUAGAUUUAGGGUGAGGUCAUGAGAAAUUCUUGGGGGAAAAAUGGGGUCCCCAGAAAUUCUGGCUGGAAAAAUGGGGCCACCCCUGAAAAAGUUGAAUACCACUGCUAUAGACCAUUAGAAACUGAGGGAUUAUGGCUGAGAACGGUAGAAAUCCAAUUCCAAGUGUGAAUUGUGUGUAUGUGUGUGAGCAGUGUGUGUCUGUGGGGAGAGAGGCUGGAGGGGCAUUUAUCACUUUGCACAGACAGGCGAGGGUGUGUGUGGGUGUGUGAGGGGGAGUGUUAGUGAAGGUGGGGAGGUGGGGUGGGGGGGGGUUCCCUGGCGAGGGGCUGCAGGCUACAGCUGCUCCUCCUGUAUGGCCGUUAAGCAGCUCUGUGAGGGGUUAUCGUUUACCAGCACUUUUAUUGCUCUUCCAACACAGCCAGAGGAACCACAGAGAGACAGAGGGAGGGGGCAGUCUCUGUCAAUAACACACACUACACCUGACAGCUCCACACAAAUGAAGGAGUAGUCUGGGCUAGUGGUGGACCAAUAUACCGCACAAACCUUCGUUUGGGAUCUAGAUAUUUAAAACCGAUUUACUCUGUUUCUGCAAAUAUGACUGUAGAAUUAACCUCAUGCCUAUAUCCUGCAGUCAUUGUCAAUCCUAAAACCCUAAUGCUCUUCUAGAAGAGUCCUCCUCACAUCGAGAGAUAAUGAUCAUGUCGCAUCAGCACAAGCCUCCUGCUGAUUCCACUGAGUUGGCAAUGCAUUAGUCUAAAUUGCGAGGCGUAUACGAGGCAAAAUCUGGAACAUUUGUCGAGAAAGGGGGCCCAUAAAGUGUGUGAGUAUGGCAGACAAGGCCUUGCACAGUGGGGGUCUGGGUCUCUCUAGGGGCCCCCUGUUGUGUGGCGAGUGUGUAGGGGCUUGGGCUGAGAUUUGUCAUCAUUAAGGGCCCCUACUCCCUGUGAGAACAUGGGGUUCCCCAUUAUGAGCUGGCUAGAGGAGCUCUCAGCUCAGUCUCACACUGUCAGAGUGAUGCAUGAACAGCCCAUUCGGAAAUACUGCACUCACUGAAUUACUGACUGUAGAAUACAUGGGUGAUUUGAUGUUUUCUUAUUCUCUUUCCCUCCCUCCCUCCCUCCCUCCCUCCCUCCCUCCCUCCCUCCCUCCCUCCCUCCCUCCCUCCCUCCCUCCCUCCCUCCCUCUCCCCUUCUCUCUCUCCUCCCUCCCUCUCUUCUUCCCUCCCUCCCUCCCUCCCUCCCUCCCUCCCUCUCUCCCUCCCUCUCCCCUUCUCUCUCUCCUCCCUCCCUCUCUUCUUCCCUCUCUUCUUCCCUCCCUCCCUCCCUCCCUCCCUCCCUCCCUCCCUCCCUCCCUCCCUCUCUUCUUCCCUCCCUCCCUCCCUCCCUCCCUCUCUUCUUCCCUCCCUCCCUCCCUCCCUCCCUCCCUCUCUCCUAGGUGCCAGUGCUGCAGCCCAUGGACCUGAUGGUGGAGGCGACGCCCAGGCGGGUGUUCUCCAAUGCCCACACGUACCACAUCAACUCCAUCUCUGUCAACAACGAUUACGAGACCUACAUGUCCACAGACGACCUGAGAAUCAAUCUGUGGAACCUGGAGAUCACCAACCAGAGCUUCAGUAUCCUUCUCACAACAAACAUAGAUGGCUAGACUGACCGCUGAGGAACUCAUAUUAAGAGAUUUUCUCACUUUGGAAGAGAAUUCGCUAAUUCAUGAUGAUGCAAGCAUCACACUCAGGAUGUUAAGAUAGAGGACAGAAAAUAUACAGUACCAGUCAAAAGUUUGGACACACUUACUCAUUCAAGGGUUUUUCUUUAUUUGUAAUAUUUUUUACAUUGUAGAAUAAUAGUGAAGACAUAAACUAUGAAAUAACACAUAUGGAAUCAUGUAGUAACCAAAAAAGUGUUAAACAAAUCAAAAUACAUUUUAUAUUUAAGAUUCUUCAAAUAGCCACCCUUUGCCUUGAUGACAGCUUUGCACACUCUUGGCGUUCUCUCAACCAGCUUCACCUGGAAUGCUUUUCCAACUGUCUUGAAGGAGUUCCCACAUAUGCUGAGCACUUGUUGGCUGCUUUUCCUUCACUCUGCCGUCCGACUCAUACCAAACCAUCUCAAUUGGGUUGAGGUCGGGGGAUUGUGGAGGCCAGGUCAUCUGAUGCAGCACUCCAUCACUCUCCUUCUUGGUAAAAUAGCCCUUACAUAACCUGGAGGUGUGUUGGGUCAUUGUCCUGUGGAAAAACAAAAUAUAGUCCCACUAAGCCCAAACCAGAUGGGAUGGCGUAUCGCUGCAGAAUGCUGUAGUAGCCAUGCUGGUUAAGUUUGCCUUGAAUUCUAAAUAAAUCACAGACAGUGUCACCAGCAAUGCUCCCCCACACCAUAACACCUCCUCCUCCAUGCUUUAUGGUGGGAACUACACAGGCAGAGAUAAUCCGUUCACCCACACCGCGUCUCACAAAGACACAGCGGUUUGAACCAAAAAUCUCCAAUUUGGACUUCAGACCAAAGGACAAAUUUCCACUGGUCUAAUGUCCAUUGGUCGUGUUUCUUUGCCCAAGCAGGUCUCUUCUUCUUUUUGGUGUCUUUUAGUAGUGGGUUCUUUGCAGCAAUUCGACCAUGAAGGCCUGUUUCACACAGUCCCCUCUGAACAGUUGAUGUUGAGGUGUCAGUUACUUGAACUCUGUGAAGCAUUUAUUUGGACUGCAAUUUCUGAGGUUUUUGCGACUGCACUGGAAGAAACUUUCAAAGUUUCGUAUUGACUGACCUUCAUGUCGUUUCUCUUUGCUUAUUUGAGCUGUUCUUGCCAUAAUAUGGACUUGGUCUUUACCAAAUAGGGCUAUCUUCUGUAUACCCCCCCUACCUAACUGAUUGGCUCAAAUGCAUUAAGAAGGAAAGAAAUUCCACAAAUGAACUUUUAAGAAGGCACACCUGUUAAUUGAAAUACAUUCCAGGUGACUACCUCAUGAAGCUGGUUGAGAGAAUGCCAAGAGUGUGCAAAGCUGUCAUCAAGGCAAAGGGUGGCUAUUUGAAGAAUCUCAAAUAUAAAAUAUAUUUUGAUUUGUUUAACACUUUUUUGGUUACUACAUGAUUCCAUAUGUGUUAUUUCAUACUUUUGAUGUCUUCACUAUUAUUUUACAAUGUAAAAAAUAGUAAAAAUAAAGAAAAACCCUUGAGUUAGUAGGUGUGUCCAAACUUUUGACUGGUAGUGUAUACUAUUAAUUCUGAAUUGCAUUAUUUCUCAUUUUCAUGAGGAAUAAAAAAGGUAUUCAGUUUACAGCAGUUUAAAGCUCUUGUAUGCAAUAUAAUUUAGUGUGUCCUAUCAAAUUCUUACUGUGAGAAUGUGAGUCGGCAUAAUGUAGCUAGACCAGUCAGGUUUGCAUCAUCUUGGUUAUAAAUCAGUGCGAUAAAACCAGGCUUAAGUUAAGAAUGACACAUUACAUUUUCUCCCAAUUAUGUUGCUGACUAUGAAAGUAUAUAGAUCCAUAUGGCUCAACGUAUGAAAUUGCUGAUGCCAGUGUGCCUACAAACCCACUUGAUCAGAUCUUCCUCUAAACAGCACACUCAUAGACUUCCACUGUUCCUUUAAAUGGAAGGCAAUUUGAGCUAACAGCUUGGUUGAUAUUUACACUUGGUAGAUAGCAAUUAGCAAGCUGCUGGUGUCUCUGUCUAUAUCCCCCCUGGGUCUUCAUAUGUCUGCCUCUCUGUCACUCUGGCCAUUACACUUUAUCUGGUGCCUGUCUGUCUGUCCAGCAGUCAUCUGCAUCCCAUCCCAGGUGUGUGUCAGAGAGAAUCCAAUGAGGUCAUAUUUAAACAGGAGCACAUCCCCAUUGAUCAACAAUGAUUUCCACUUUGGGGUUCUCUGCAGAUCACAGAUGAGAUGCCCUGUGGACAGCAGAAUGGAUGGCUGAGCUUUGGGGCCCUGGGCACAUAUUGAGCUUCUUAUUUACAGAGCCUCUAUACUCUAUCAAUCACAGUGUUACUGGCUGGUCAACCUCCCUCCUCAGCUCUCAUCUCCUCUCUCUCUCUCUCUGUGUGAUGGAUCUGCUGUCAUUUCCCUCUUCUGUACCAGUGCUGCUUUCUGCUUGUUUUAAGUCUUCUUUUUUCCUCACACUGUUUUUUCUUUUCAUUUUUUUGUGCUUACUCUGGCAACCUCUAAAGUAACUAUUUGACAAGAGAAGGAAGGGACAUCCCAUAGCAACCCAUUAAAGUCUCAAACUGUAAGCUGUGAAUUGCAUCAGUACUCCUCUAUAUGGUUGAGUUCCUUUACCCCCCCCCCCCCCCCACCUCAGACAUUGUGGACAUCAAGCCGGCUAAUAUGGAGGAGCUGACAGAGGUGAUCACAGCAGCGGAGUUCCAUCCCAACCAGUGUAACACCUUCGUCUACAGCAGCAGCAAGGGCUCCAUCCGCCUGUGUGACAUGAGGGCCUCAGCACUGUGUGACAACCACUCCAAAUGUAAGGCUGCCUCUGCCUCUGCCGCACCCCAAACCACUCAUAUACUGUAUAUUGUCAGCAGGCUCCAUGAUAAGGGCCAGGGGGUUUUCCUGACCACAUGAGUUGCCUAGGAAAAGCUCUGGGCUGAGUUGUCAUAGGUCGUCAGGUCACAUGAUCAGGAAAAACUGUUAGCCUUAAGCACUGAGGCUAUUGUCAGUUCGGAAGCCCCUAUACCUCUAUAACAGUCUCUCUACUCCUUUCUAAUAGCUACUGUGCCACUAAUUGUUAGUAAGUUACUGCACAGUGAUAAUUUGUAUUUGUAUGAUGGGAUCCUGGCACAGUUGUUGGUAAAUUAAUUUAUUGCAUGCUACAUUUUGUUGAACUUAACUAAGCUGCAGGUGGACAUUUAUCUGUGAGAUAUUAUUGGAAAAUAAGGUUGCUGAAGUGGAAAUGGAAGAAAACAGAGAGCACUAUGAUGUCAAGGGGGAUUUUAUAGAUUUUUUCCCGUCCUGUUGUUUUUUUGGCAUUUUUCCAUGUACUAAGUUCUUUGUUAAAUGGUGGACCAGAAAGUCCACAGGAUCCAGUGUGUAUUCCUCCAUGGCUCUGAGUUGAUCCAAACACACAGUGAUAGAUGUUUCAAGGUCAGUCAAGGCUCUGUCCCUGAGCCCCAAAUCAUCCGUUUUCACCAGGAUGAGCAUAUUGACAGAUCAUAGACAGACAGGAGGUUAUGCAGUGAGAACAGCCAUAUUAUAAAAUCCAUUAUUGGCACAUAUAUCUUAUGUUUAAUAUCUUAAAUAAGCUCACAGUAUUCAAUUAUUGACUGUUGAAAGCUGCAUUUGCAUUUCAAAUCAAUUAUCAGCCUGUUUGAGUGGCCCAAGUGGAUCGACUCAUAAAAUAGGAAAGAGAGAUGAUGAAUUCCCAGAAGUGAAUAAUCAAUUAUUAAUGAUGUGUUUGCAUUGCAAAAUAUGACUAUGUUAAUUACUUUUUUACUGAGAAAUACAUGUCUGCUAACAUGAGAAAUGGCUUUCUGUUUAGCAAAUAUUUAUCAGUGAGAUGUAUUAUUUCUCUCUUUUUCCUAGUUCAUAUUUAGCGGUUGUUUAGAAGAGCCAGCUAAUGGCUUAAAGUAGCUGGUGCAGUGUGAAAGCGUUUCAUCAAUCAACUGAAGCUGUAAGCCAGAGAGUUGCUUAUCGGCCAGAUGUUAACACAGCUCGUUCCUCUGUCUGUUCCCCCUGCAGUCUUUGAGGAGCCAGAGGACCCCAGUAACCGCUCUUUCUUCUCCGAGAUCAUCUCCUCCAUCUCAGAUGUCAAGUUCAGCCACAGCGGGCGCUACCUGAUGACACGGGACUACCUCACUGUCAAAGUGUGGGACCUCAACAUGGAGAGCAAACCUCUGGAGACCUACCAGGUAGAGUAUACCUCUCAUUAAUAAUAAUAAUAAUAUGCCAUUUAGCAGACGCUUUUAUCCAAAGCGACUUACAGUCAUGUGUGCAUACAUUUUUACGUAUGGGUGGUCCCGGGGAUCGAACCCACUACCCUGGCGUUACAAGCGCCAUGCUCUACCAGCUGAGCUACAGAGGACCAUAAACUUCACUUUUUACAUCUCAUCCAUCUUCAGGGGACAAGAGGAGGACAACCUCUGAGAUAGGUCUUGAGAAGGUCUUCACCGUAUUAUGGCGUGUUACUUUAACUUCCACUUUCCUCAUGCCUUCUUUGCUUGGAGGAGCCUUCACAACGCUUCCCAUUGGCUACUCGUUACAACACAUACACUUUUCUGUAUGUGUCAAGCUUGUUAUGGAGACCUUGAUACACUGUAGAUCAUACAUCGUUCUGAACAUUUCUUAAUAUCGCUGGGUAUAAAACAGAAAAAUGCAAUGGAAAAUACCAGAGCCAUAUAUAUAUCGAAACAUAUGGUUCUGGAAAAUACAUCUCAAUUUAUUUUCCCUUUUUCUCUCUUCCAGGUGCAUGACUACCUGAGGAGUAAGCUGUGCUCCCUGUAUGAGAAUGACUGCAUCUUCGACAAGUUUGAAUGUGUCUGGAACGGGUCUGACAGGUCAGUGACAGCCACUGUAUUAGGAUUGGUGUGACUGGAGCUCUUCAUACAUUACAUCAGUGUAUCAAUAGAUAAGGUUGGAUGAAUGGGAUUGAUGUGUUGCAGCAUCAUCACUUUCUCUCCCCCCCCACACCCCACUCUCUCCACAGUGUGAUCAUGACCGGCUCCUACAACAACUUCUUCCGCAUGUUUGACCGCAACACCAAGCGUGACGUGACCCUGGAGGCGUCGAGGGAGAACAGCAAGCCCCGGGCCAUCCUGAAGCCCAGGAAGGUGUGUGUGGGAGGCAAGAGACGCAAGGAUGAGAUCAGUGUGGACAGCCUGGAUUUCAGCAAGAAGAUCCUGCACACUGCCUGGCACCCCUCUGAGAACAUCAUCGCCGUGGCCGCCACCAACAACCUGUACAUAUUCCAGGACAAGAUCAAC